AUGCUCAUUGUGCCAAUCAUUUUUUCGCUCAUUCGAUUCGUUGAAAACGAUUGUUCGACAGACUAUUUGUACUCGUAUUGUCCCACGUGUUGUGCAAUUCUCUAUUCAUCGCAAAAAUGCGACAUCGAUGACGUCAAUUCAAGAUUUCUCGUCAAAGAAAAUGGCAACGGAGUUUUAGGAGCAAUUUGGGACGAUGCUCCGAAAACGAUAAUUGUUAGGAAAGGAUGUUUGCUUGAAGUUUGGGAUUGGAAGAAUCAAACAGGUCCGAAACGAGCACUCGGACUUGACGGGAUGGAAGUGUUCCCAUUGGAUCGGUAUUCGUUCGAAAACCGAAUUUCAAGUUUAAAAUGCAAAUGUGUUCAACCACUUUUAACGACUACAACAAUUUCCACUUCAACGACGUCGCAGCCUACCACAGAAGACACGAAAUUGGAUGUUGUCGAGCGAAUUCUGCUGAAUGCCAGCGAACACCACGCGAUUCCACCAAUUGCUGACAAUUCGACAAUUCUAAUUCCAUUGAAAUAA